AUGCUUAUUGCAAAGGGCCACCCGAAAGCAGUCUCCAAGAGACCGCACACGAAAUCACGGCUUGGAUGCUAUAACUGCAAAUCGCGCCGGAUCAAGUGUUCGGAAACGAAGCCCGAGUGCGAGAACUGCACCUCCAAAGACCUGAAAUGCGAGUAUCCCAGGCGCGGAAUCCGGGGUGACGAUGGCCGAGGGACCAGCGAGUUGAUCCCAGUCCAGCCGAAUCCAACGCCUUUCUCGGUUCAAGAUAUGGGUUUCUUCCAUCAUUACUUGCUGGUAGCUCACCCCUAUCUCCCGUUUGGCUGUGAUACCGCCUGGGUAGCGUCUAUCCCUCUGCUUGCGCACCAGUAUGAUUUCGUUAUGCAUGCUAUCCUUGGACUUGGCGCAGCGCAUCUUUCUAUUAUUCGCCCGAAUGGAGAUCCCGUUACUGCAGCGAACGCAAUAGAGCACCGAGGGAUAGCCCUGAAGGGUCUUCAUAAGCUUAUGGCCAAACCUGAUUUAAGUGUCCAAGAGUUGGAUGCUCUGCUUGCAACAUGUUACGCUCUCACCAUGCAGUCCGGAUAUAUGUUUGAUGCUCUCGUUGACUUUGUGAUAUUUAUCCGUGGCUGCUCCCUUGUUACGACCAAAAUAAAACAGAAAAAUGCCGCCAAAAGCAUAUUUCCACUGGAAGAGACUGAAAAUCUUACGAAAUUUCUCCCUGAGCCAAUGGCCCCUAUAAUAGUUAACCCGGCAUUGUUGCAGCGUGGGAUCGAAUCACUACAAUCUUUAACACCGCUCCUGGAGGAUGAAGUCCACACUUAUUUUAGGAAAUGCCUGCUAGACACCCUCUUCGCUGUGCAGGAGUCCUCUAAUGACGCCUUCCUGACGUAUGAAAAGAACUAUUCUGCAUGGUACGAUAUUAGUGAAGCUCAGUUUGCAAACUUCAUCUCACCAAAAAACACCACAACCCUCAUUCUGUUUGCAUACCACAUAGCCACCGAAACAUUAAUGAUUCCACUGCUUGCAUCCGUCCUUCCCGAGCGUGCAAGGGUUCCAGAAGUGACAUUAUAUCAGGUUCAUGGCCACUUGAAGCGAUAUAUCGAUGCGGCACUCAACACAAAAUCUUUACUUUGGAGGUAG